CUAAACCCACAACAGUAAAAUGAGUCUGUAUAUGCAGUAAGACAUGCUUGUUAUACUCUCUGUGGAACCUAAGGGGUUAAUCCUCUGCAUUGUGUAAAACGGAUGUUUGAGUCUGUCUUCUCUGAUCCUCCCCUUCUUCCACAGUGCCCAAUCCAUCUGUGGAUGCUCAGUUUGGUGUGUAUUGCUAGAGAGUUUUUUUUUUCUAGGAAGAGUAAAUGUGUUUAGCACAGGGACAAUCAGCACUGACCAGACAGAGGGUCAGGGGUUAUGCAGCCUCAUAAGAGAA